UGUGCGCGGCUGAGGAUGGGACCCACCGCGCCGCUCCGGGCCCUGCUCUGCGGCCUGCUCAUCCUGCUUGCAAGUGCACAGGAGGGUAUCCUGCAUGCUUCUGGAAAUGGAAUACCUCCAGUAAAAAAGGACUACUGCAUACUUUACAAUCCUGUUUGGACAUCUCUUGCAAAUAGCCUCGAUAAUGUAACUUCCAAUAGCUUGGAGAACUUGACUUCAACUGUGCUCUGCAGUUAUUCUGAUGUUCCUUCUGGCUUCAUAAAAGACAAAGCAGUUGUAGUAAUGAGGGGAAACUGCACAUUUUUGGAGAAAGCAAGAAUUGCUCAAAAACACGGUGCUAAAACGCUGCUGAUCGCAAGUAAAACUGCUCUAUCUCCUCCUUCAGGUAACAAGACAGACUUUAAAGAUGUUACCAUUCCACUUGCUCUUGUCAGAUAUAUUGACAUAAUGGAUAUGCAGACUCUUGGAAAUAGGAUUAAUGUGACACUCUAUUCACCACCUUUGCCAGAAUUUGAUUACAGUAUGUUUGUCAUAUUUCUAAUUGCUGUUCUCACUGUGGCGCUUGGAGGCUAUUGGAGUGGCGUAUCAGAACUUGAGGAUUUGAAAGCUGUGGCAAGCCCUGGGGACAGAGAAACAAGAAGAAAGAAGGAAGAAAAUGUCACUUUUACCCCACUUACAGUUAUCCUGUUUGUGGUCAUCUGUUGUGUCAUGCUAGUCUUACUUUAUUUCUUCUACAAAUGGCUAGUGUAUGUUAUCAUAUCUGUGUUCUUCUUGGCAUCUGCAAUGAGCCUGUACAAUUGUCUGGCUGCACUACUCCAAAAGAUAUCAUUUGGGCAAUGCAGGAUUUCAUGUUGCAACAAAAGUAUUGAAGUGAGACUUAUUUUUCUUGCUGGAUUCUGCAUAGCGGCAGCUGCUGUUUGGGUAGUAUUUCGAAAUGAAGAUAGGUGGGCUUGGAUUUUGCAAGAUAUCUUGGGAGUUGCUUUCUGCCUAAACUUCAUUAAAACACUGAAAAUGCCUAACUUUAAGUCAUGUGUGAUACUUCUAGGCCUUCUUCUUUUAUAUGACGUAUUUUUUGUCUUCAUAACGCCAUUCAUCACCAAGAACGGGGCAAGUAUAAUGGUUGAAGUUGCUGCUGGUCCUUUUGGAAACAGCGAAAAGAAUGAUGGAAACUUGGUGGAAGUCCCUACUGAACGCUCAGCUCCCCAUGAGAAAUUACCAGUGGUUAUUAGGGUUCCUAGACUUCAAUUCUCUGCUCUGACAUUGUGUGGAAUGCCAUUUUCAUUACUGGGGUUUGGAGAUAUUAUUGUGCCAGGGCUUCUGGUUGCUUAUUGUCGAAGAUUUGAUGUGCAGACACGUUCUUCUUCUUCUGUUUAUUAUGUUUCAUGUACUAUAGCCUAUGCUGUUGGAAUGGUGCUGACUUUUGUUGUUCUGGCACUGAUGAAGAUGGGACAACCAGCCCUUCUCUAUUUGGUACCAUGUACACUUAUUACCAGCUCAGUUGUUGCCUGGAGACGUAAGGAGAUGAAGAAGUUUUGGAAGGGUAGCAGCUACCAGAUGAUGGAACAUCUGGAUUAUACAGCAAAUGAAGAAAAUGCUGCAACAACCAAUGAACAGUCUGGAGGACAAUAAUGCAAAGGAUCCUCAUCUGAAAUAGCAUUGUUCAAAUUUUCUGCACCUAAACUACAAAAAACUUGACUGAUUUAAUUUUUACACUAGAGUAUUUCAUAUCCUGGACAAAGAGAGUUGCCUUUUUUACAUUAGCACCUCUAUUUUUAUGGAAAGAUGUUUAAGUACAUUAUAUCAGAGUGAUUGAAAUAGAUUUGCAUUUUAAUAGCCAAAAUAUAUUUAGUAAAAUUGUGCCUUAUUUCACUUUAAAUAAAUAGAUAUUGUCUAUGCAAUUUUCCAAACACGUGUUGUACACAAUGUAUUUUUAUACCAAUGCCUGUAGCCCAUGGGCAUAAACUGACUUUCUGAUUUCUAUAUGCUUAAAAAUUGGUUGGGUUGUUUUACUAGGAAGUCCUGAAGAGGAUGCUACUCUCAAGCUUUUGAAUCCAGAGAUGACAUAUGAGACAAAAAGUAACAGUGCAACUGUCUAAAUAUCUUAGCUCUUUAUAUUAAAACACAUGCACUAUAAGCCAUAAAGGUGGAGAUAGAACAACUGCAUUGGUUUUUCUUUCUGACUCAUGCAUCAUUGGCCAUUCCCUCAGUUAGCAGUGACAGUAAAGUUGCCUUUACACAAGGUCUUUGAUAUUUAGGAAUUGGCAACAUGAGUGAAUUUGCUUUGGUUUACUUAAUUGUGCAUAAAACUUUAAAUGUAACCAAAAAAGAAAGGAUAAAACUGAAACCUCUGGCUCCUUUCUUUAACACCAGCAUCUAAAAGUUUUAAAAAAAAGAAAACUCUGAAUUUUUGGCUUGGCUACUUGCUAUAGGUUUGUAGAUUUUGAUCCUUCACUUGUAGAAUUUUAUUGGGUAUAGGAUCAGGGUCAGAGAGGAAUUCUGUAGCUUUGUUUCCCACUAGUCCUAGAAUUUGGAUAAUUUUUGCAAGGUCUUUGCAGUUGGUGCCGUGCAAAAUGUAGUAAACAGUGAUUAAUUUUUUCCUCUCUUAGUUAAGGCCAGUGCAUGUGUUUUAAUUUGUCAUUUAGACAAUUUCUAUCCUUUUUUGAAAGGGUAAAGCAGGCUAAAUCAUUAGUUUAGUUCAUAUUUAGAAUUUGGUACGUGUUAACAGCUGACAUUUUUCUUUUGAAAACUGCAAAUGAAGAAAAUACUGAGGGAGGGAGGGAUUAGGCAUAAAGUAGAAUUUGGCAGAAAUGCUAACACUUUACACCAAAGAGACUUGGAGAAGCCAAUAACUGAACUGCUGAAGUUCACCCCUUCUAAUUCUGUGUAACAGUUGUAAUACAACUUUUCUUGUAUUCAAAUUCAUAUAGAAGGUGCCAGGUGGAGAACCUUUGUGGCUGAUAUUCACCAUUGACAGAGAAUGAGCACUGGCAAUGCAGAUUUUCCUAUUAUAUCUCACUAAAGUGCCUCAGGACUGGUUUUGCCAGAGUAGAUUCUAGAGGUGAGUGGGUGAUUUAGGGUCUCUUAAAACAGGAGCACUCUAGAAAAUUAAUCCAGAUUAAAUUGGAUUUGUCAUCAUUGAUUUUUUUUUAAGCAAAUUGAGCUAAUACCCCUUUCAUUCUGAUCCCCACACAGGUUUCUUGCCUUUUAAAAAAAAAAUUAAUUAAAGGUUAAUUUGGAUGAAUUUUUCUAGUUGCUCCGGUAUAUGUAAUUACUUAGUAUCUAUGACUAUGUCAAUUGUUGACCACUCUGUAGAGACGGUCAACAAGGGUUCUCCUUGGCUGCAGCUGCUAAAGGCCACAAGCCAGCUGUGUGAUUAUUGACCUGCACCAGACUUGGACUGGCAGCUUCAAGGUGAAAGGCUGUCAUAUCCCAUUACAAAUUCUCUAAGCCAUCCAAACCCUCUUUCGAUAUUUUUUGAGUUUUAUUCAUUCAGUUUUGGCAUCAGAAAUACCUCAGUGUUUAAUAGCAGAUUGCAAAGGGGUUUUUUUUCUUUGCAGGAAAAUUAUGUUAACAGUAAUUUCCUUUAAAUUAUUAUUUUUUUCCUUUUUAGGGUAAAGUGCUAAGUGGCUGUUAUGAAAUGUCGUGCUUUCUGACAAGCCCAGCCUCAGACACAAAACACAUGGUUGUGAGAGAAGUUUCUGAAAAUAACGCUUAAAAAGUUAAGGGCUCAUAACAGUAGCUCAGCAUCAUGCUGUAUUUUCAAACAUUUAAAGACUUUAUAAGCCUGUAUAAAAUGAACCCAUCUUUCCCUCUGAAAGAACGUUUAGAUUAAUUGUAAGCUUAGCUGGUAACCAAACUAGUGUGUUAGUUUGGCAACAUGUUUAACUGUGCGUUUAGCAGCCUGCUGUGAGAAGUCUGUAUUGCUUCAUGCCUAAUUACUGUUCUGUGUGGUGUCUCACACAUGUUGCAGUUUGACAGGAUGUAAACUAGCAAUUUUUUUCUUUUAGGGCUUAGGUUCUUGGUUUGCUAAAAUCAAGGAUGAGGAUAAAAUUUGAUAGGCUAGUGUCAACUACUGAAAUGUAUUUUAUAAAUAGUUCAAUAGGACUGAUAUUUGAAACUUUUUUUAGAAGUUUUGGGUGUUUAAUACUGUAUUAAAUUCAGUUGGGCUUUUCAUUAUACUAAGAGCCUUAAUAGCAAUAUGUAAUAUAAGACUUAACUCUUUUGAUUUAUAUGGAUACUGACAACUGCUUCCUCCCUCACCAUUUAAAUUAUCACUUUUCAAGAAUGUUGUUAAUAAAUCUUCUUUUAAAGCA